AUGGUACCCGAUGUAGAUGUCAUAUUUGAGGGCCUGAGCACAAAGCUGCGUCAGGAUCUUCUCAAAGCAUUUGCAGAUGAGGUGGAGCGGGUAGGAUCUCCUACUGCUGCGGCUUCCAAAAGUGGCACCAGCCUUAAUGCCAUACUGCAGUUAGCUAGAACCUUGCGAGCUGGUCGAGCAGUUAUCUUUGUGACUGGCGCUGGGCUCUCUUAUGCCAGUGGGAUAACGCCGUAUCGUUACUCUAAUAAAGCCAUCUGGUCUAACUUUGUCAUGGCCUCUGGAGAGCGUCGUACAUUCAAAGAAGAUCCGGAUCAGUAUUGGAACUCCUUCUGGCUCAGGACGCACGAGAUACCGUCGUUCAUCAAUGCAAAGCCAAACCAAGGCCAUAUCGCUAUUGCCAAGAUAAUGCGGAAGGCAGACGUCUUUGUUAUAACACAGAACAUAGACACUCUGCAUACGAAAUCUGGGGCCCUCGAAAAUAGAUUGGUUGAAAUACACGGGCGCUUAGGUCUGUACAAGUGCGUCAACCAAGCCACAGGUAAUGUGAAGGGCCUCGGACGCCAGCGCGAUUGCCCUUAUUCUAGGAGCAUCUCUAUAAAGCUCCACGAUCUGAACGCUUACGCCGUGGACGGAACCUCACUCGCCAACAAUAACCUGAAGAUUAAGAUCCCGCGCUGCCCCGGAUGCCUUUCGCCUAUCAUGCCUCACGCGCUCAUGUUCGACGAGCAGUACGUCAGCCACGACUUCUACCGUUACUAUGAAGCCGAGCAAUGGUUGCGAGCAGCAGAUGCCAUCGUCUUUGUAGGAACAUCUUUUUCAGUCAACAUAACACAAGAUGCGAUUAAUAUUGCUUUAGAGAGCUCUAGAGAUAUCGAGCUCUACAGCUUCAAUAUCACCCAGGAUGAAAAGAUUGAGGAGGCUUCGUAUCAAACGGCAUGUCAGCGCCUCUUUAGCCAGGGCUCGCGGCCCCGGGUGGAUUCUCUUGCGCUACAGUGGAUAGUAGGACCGAGUGAAGAAACGCUCCCCCUGCUAGAUCGCAUCCUAACAGAGCUUAUGAGUGAUACAUUUAGCACUGAAAUUCAUCCAGAUGAGCGGCUUGGCCAGCCCAGACUGAUCUAUUGCUAUCGUAAAGAGCCCACUGAGAAGAUUGGAUCGUCUAUUCUCAAUAUAGAUUAG